CUCGGUAUCAUGCGAACGGAAGGGAGACGACGACGCGACGUGUUUGCUUGCUUGCUUGCUUGCUUGCUUGCCUGCCUGCCUGCCUGCCUGCCUGUCCGCCGAUCGCAUGCAUACGACGACGUAUGUACGACGUGUGUACGACGUCUAUACGACGUAAGCUCUCUAUGAGAUAUGCUUGUAUUGGGCCGAAUAUCGAUAGACGCAUUGACUUCGAAUCAAUUUUUCUAUUUCAAGAAGGAAAGAUUUCAUAUUUAUUGGGGUUACAUGUAAUUCAAGGCUAUUGAGUUCGUUGGACGAAAGAAUAAACCUAUAAGAACGAUAGCUCGAAGCAUUUCUAUUUAAAAUACAUUAUGCUCUCGGGAAUAAUUAUAGUAUCGUGCGCGUAUAUAGAGUAUCGAUGACCGAUAUGCAACGAUUCGGUGAGAACCGACACGCAAGGUUCACGUGAUGCGCACACUUUGUUGAAAUUUCUAUUUUAACCCAUCUCUGAUAGCUUAUGUGAGCGGUGCUUCAUUUUAAUUAUAACUAACGUGGUAUAUUAUUAUUCUACGGCGCAUCCUUGACCUUUCGCAACGGCGCCCUCGCGUCAUCGGCAAAUAAACAUGGAGGCUUUGCGAGAACUUUUGGUGCCGUUUUUACGUAACUAAAUAAAUCGCGACACGUGCGCGAGCAAACUCGGAGAUAAAAUAUACUCGAUUUUUAACUUUGUUGAAUGCGAAUAUUAAAUGAAAUAGAGUGAAAAUAGUUUUAUCAAAUAAAGAACAAAAUCGAGAUGUUCUUUUGUUAACACGUUGCCGCACACUUUUAUUUGACGAUCGUGCUUAGAAAUACGAAGAUCGGACGGUUAUAGCCGUCAUUUGCGGCAACGUGUUAAUAGUUGUAUGAUAUGGCACGAUUAAAAUUCGGAAUCGAACGUUUUCUUUUUCGAGUUUGAGAAAUUUAGUUCUACGAAAAAAUAUAUCGUCAAAUACUCGUGCACUCGUGUAUCAAAAUAAUGAUGGAAAUCGCUACUGAACAGAUAUAACGUGUCAAUUGUAAUCGAUUUAGCGAAUAAUACAUACAUAUAAUAUAUUAUUUUAUCGUUGCGUAGGUUAUAACGAUAGAAAAUCUUACAAUAAAAUGUUGCUCCCGUACGCUGAUAGUGUAUUAUAUAGAUGAAACUGUUCCGCACGUGCGUCCUAAGCUUGAACGAUGAAAGUGAAAAAAGAAAAGAUAAGCCUGGGCAUGCAUAGGUGCAUAGAGUUUGGAUGGAAGAUCCUGCAAGGAUGAAAUUUAUAGAAUGGGCUUAGGAACAGGAUACUGCGAAGGAAACUUGAAUUUCGCCACUGCCUCGGAGGACGAUGAAGUUUACACUAAGAAGAAGGUUUCCAGACAAGAUCCAAUGUCGCAUAGGAUCAUCGAGAAGCGUAGAAGAGAUCGCAUGAACAAUUGUCUCGCCGAUCUCAGCAGGUUGAUUCCCGCGGAAUACUUGAAGAAGGGUCGCGGCAGAGUGGAAAAAACCGAAAUCAUCGAGAUGGCCAUACGUCAUAUGAAACACCUGCAAGGUCUUCGACAAGAGACGAAGCACGCGAGCGUGACACCUGUGCACGCACACCCCGAAGACAGCGUUGACAGCAUUUCUCAUUCGACUGCGGCCUCAACCGCGGCCGAGCACUACAGGCUGGGAUUUCAAGAGUGCCUCAGCGAAACGAUGCACUUUCUUAUCGAGGUCGAGGGCUUCUACGCAAGGGAUUCUCUUUGCGUGCAGUUGACCAAUCAUUUGCAGCAACAUUGCGAGAAGAUCUUGGCCACGAGUGACAGGCUGGGCUUUCCGCAACACGAAAUGCUGCCAAUGUCGACCGGCGGUGGUGGCGUUGGCGUUGGCGGCGGUAGCGGUGGCGGUGGCGGUGGCGGUGGCUGUGGCGGUGGCGGAAGUACAAACGUUACGAGUUACGAUCAUGCGAGCAUACCGAUGAUAUGUCAGCCUACCGUUCACUCCGAUCACGGUUCGAGUUCGGGCGUGAGUUCCUUUGGCGAUUCGGAUCGUCCUCCGCGUCCUAUUGGCGGUUCCGGUGUUUGUUGUAGCUCUGGCAUCAUCAUAUCACCGCCCACGAUCGUCAGCGACGACAGUAACCACAGCAGCCAUUCUCACAGUACACCUCUUAGCGCGAGUAAUAACUAUCGUCCUCAGAAUUAUAAGUUUAAAAGCUCGAUCAAACAGAGGUUUUCCGCCGAGAGGAUCAAGUCGAGUCCUUCUCCGUGUGCUAGCCCUGAAAAACAAACUAAUUCCUCUCAUGGCGUGCCAAUUUUUGCUCUUCACGAUGGUGGUGCUUUUUAUGUUCCUCUCACUGUCGAGGCUUCCAUACUAAGUCCUCACUUUGGACUUAUUCCGGAUAACGGACCGGACACUGUCCUUCAUCCAGUCACCAUAUCCGUCAAUUUUAAUCAACAACAUUCGAUGUCGCCGCAGUCAGCGGCUAGUCCAAUCUCGAUAACUACCAUGACGACGAUGACAACGACGACGACGAUGACGUCGACUACGACGACGGCGACGAUGGCGACUACAACGACAACAGCGACGUCGAUGACGUCGACGACGACCACGGCGACGGCGGCGGCGGCGGCGGCGGCGGCGGCGACGACAACGGCGACGGCGAUAACAAUGUGCAACACCGUAAAUGGAGCCGUACCCUGGUCCUUGCAACAUAGUCCGAUAUAUCAAACGUAAAAGUUUAGAAAAGAUCUAGAAGGUUCUGAAA